UUUGAUGUGAUGCUCAGUUGUACACAAGUCCUGAUGACUCACUUCACUUCUCUUUCUUGUGUUUCUCAGUGUCAUCUGAGGUGGGGUUUGAGUUCUGUGUUACAACUAUUGUCAGCUCUGAUAAUGUGACAGUUGCCGCUGGAGUCUGUAACUGGAUAAUUUCUAAUCAAGGUGAACAGGUAGUAGUCAAUGCUGGCAUUCAGUGCUCCUCAGUCCUUCAGCAAUAUUCAAAUGGAUCAGGAAACAUUUUCUGUAUGGCAUGGAGUGAAACUAAUCACACCUUCUACUUUAAACAUGGAGAUUUUUUGCUGCCGUAUCCUUGCCAUCCAUUAAACAAUAAGUGCUGUGCAGAUUACACCAUUGUGAAUGGAACAACUGGCGAGCAGAUGACCGUGUCAGAAGUGAACGGGACUGGCAUCUCCAGCAGGCAGUAUCAGUCAUUCAACAUAACUGGGACUACACAGAACUGCGGUUCUCCAGUAAAUAUAACUGAAAACUGCACUGCUACAGAAAGGAUAAAUUGUUUGGAAGAAUGGGUACAUGAAACAGGUACAUUAACAGAUGAAUAUCAGGCAUUUAUUGAAGCUCUGUCCAACUUCACAGUACAUUGCCUGUGCUACACCACACAAUAUGGAACACAGAGAAUUACUCAGCAGUUGGAGGACAUGCUUUUUCAGGCACAAUUCCCUAACGAAGUGACUGCUUUUGUAACACCACAGAUGAUUGUCUCUGUUAAAAAAAAUUGUACGUCCAGUUCUUCAGACAUUCAGUUUGGGUCAGACUUAGAAAACGCAUUUUACAAUGUAACAGCUAUUAAGAACUUAACAGCUGAGGUCACUCUGCCUUCUGAAGUUUAUAAGAAUUUAAAAAAUGACACUAAAUCACUCUUUGCUGCAAUCUGGAAUACAUCACUAUUUCAGGAUAGCAGCCGAACCAAAGUGAUUGAUGGAUUAGUGUUUGGCGUCGUAAUACAAAAUGCAGUUGUUACCAACCUCAGCAAACCUGUGGUUUUGAAGUUCAAUCCCAGAGCACCCUUAGUAAAUGCCCAUUUAAAAUGUGUUUUUUGGAGUCAAGGAUCAAAUGAUAUUGGUGUCUGGAAUCAAACUGGCUGCAACACCUUAGUGGAGAAUAACUCAGUGGUUUGUAGCUGCACUCAUCUCACCUAUUUUGCUGUCCUAAUGGCUCCUCAUCAAACUGUAGACUCAAACAACAAACAAAUCCUCACAUACAUCACUUCUGUUGGCUGUGGGAUAUCUGCUUUUUUUAUGACUGUCGUCAUUUUGGUGCACCCUAUGUUUGUGAAAAAGCCUUCUUUCCGCCAGUCCUGGUUCAUCCACCUCAAUCUUGCUGGAGCUCUGCUCCUCCUGAAUGUGGGAUUCCUCUGCAGUGCUGCUAUACCAGCUAUUCUGAAUAUUUCCUGGCUUUGUACCACCACUGGCCUGGCCCUGCACUUCUCCCUCAUCUGCUCUUUCACUUGGAUGGCCCUGGAAGCCUUUCAGAUGUUUCUGCUUAUAUGGAGACCAUUUACUACCUACAUCAAACGUUACACUCUUAAAGUUUGUCUUGUGGGUUGGGGUGUUCCUGCCCUGAUUGUGCUAACAAUUGUUGCAGUUAAUAAGAAUUUUUAUGGCCCCAUGCAGAAUGACAUCUGCUGGAUCACAAACCAGUCUGUGCAGUACUCCUCUGUGACUGGAUACUAUGCACUUGUGUUCAUCUUUACCACAGUUGUGUUCAUUGCUGUUGUUUACAAGAUCCUUCAGAUAAAGCUGGCAAGCAAUUCUAAAGUCAAACGGGAGUGUAACAUCUGCAUGUUCAUAGCUACUUUUCUGGGAUUUACUUGUCUAAUAGGGACGACCUGGGGACUGGGUUUUUUCUUAAUUGGAUCUCAGAAUUUGCCAGUCCAGUAUUUAUUUACAGUCCUAAACUCCUUCCAAGGCUUCUUCUUAUUUAUAUGGAUUUGUUGUCAAUGGAAUAAAGGAGUUACAUCAUCUGAAGACGUCAAGUUAGAAUCAGACACUACUCAUGUUUAUGCAAAUAAACUUCCAGAUGGUCAGGUUUCUGAUGUUCCUUAAACUUGGAAGGACACACGUCUUCUGUUACUUACAUUCCACUUAGCAGUUUGUCUUAUUUUCUUUCUCAGGAAUUCAGAAUGAUAUAUGAUAUAUUAUAAUAUUGUAAUAUUAAUCAUUUUAAUAGAAACAGCACAUUUAUUCUUUAUACAGUAUACCAUAUGCAGUUACAUGGAAAACACUCCCCAAAAGGAACUGAACAGAAUAAACUGAAUUCAUGAUUGACACAAUUGAA